CUCCUGCGGCAGAGGGCCAACAGAGUUCGCUAGUGUAAAAAUAACGAAGGCAAGCCACACCCGGUCUCUGCUUCUCAACCGAAGAAGAAGAUUCUAUGGCUAACUUGUUAUGAGUUACAUACCCAGUUUUAAAAAAAGUUUUUUGGUUUAUUUGCGGUUCAAAGUUUCUAUCUUUUUAUAUAAGUUUUGCUUCUGAGACUGGUCUUUAUGGCCAACCCAGAAGCUCAAGAGACUGAUCAUGGUAGCAGGAAGGUUUUUGAGUUGAAAAAGGAGUUACAGAGGCUUGUAAAAACCAUUCUUGAUGAAGAUGAUUACAGCAUGCAAGUCACUGAUGAGGCCUUGAGGGUCUUGUCUUGUCUAAAAGAGUUUAAGUUGAAGAAAUCUCAUUCUUUUAAUGUUGACUGUUUGAAUGUUCCUGAGGUUUUCAGGUGUCCUAUUUCUGGGGAGAUUAUGGUUGAUCCUGUUGUAUUGGCUAAUGGCCAGACUUUUGAUCGCCCUUGCAUCCAGAAGUGGCUAAAUGAGGGCAACAGAAGAUGCCCCCAAACCCAUCAAGUUCUCCCCCACACAGUCCUCACUCCCAAUCACUUGGUCCAUGAAAUGAUUUCACAAUGGUGCAAGGACCAUGGCACUGAGCUGCCAAAAGCCAUUCAAUAUAAUGAUGAGGAUUUUGUUACUAAUGUUGACCGAAGCUAUUUAAAUUCACUGCUUGAGAAGAUGUCAUCUUCUAUUUCCGAGCAGAAAGAAGCAGCGAAAGAGCUUCGGUUGCUAACAAAGAGGAUGCCAUCAUUCCGAGCCCUUUUCGGUGAGUCAACUGAGGCCAUUCCCCAGUUGCUAUAUCCACUUUCACCUGGCAGAGCUGAUGAUACUGAUCCUGACCCUGAUCUCCAAGAGGAUUUGAUCACAACUGUACUCAACCUCUCAAUUCAUGACAAUAAUAAGAGACUAAUUGCUGAGGAUCCAUUGGUCAUACCUCUGCUUAUUGAUUCCCUGAAAAGUGGAACCAUUGAAACUAGAAGAAAUGCUGCUGCAGCACUAUUCACGUUAUCGGCCCUAGAUUCUAACAAGCUCAUUAUUGGGGAAUCAGGGGCUCUCAAACCCUUAAUUGAUCUUCUAGAGGAAGGGCAUCCAUUAGCCAUGAAAGAUGUUGCUUCUGCAAUAUUCAAUCUUUGUAUUCUCCUCGAGAAUAAAAGGAGGGCCGUUUAUGCAGGGGCAGUCAGGGUGAUUAUGGGAAAGAUCAUAAACUAUACACUUGUAGAUGAGUUGUUGGCCAUUCUUUCAAUGCUUUCGAGUCAUCAAAUAGCAAUCAAGGAAAUGGUUGAACUUGGUGCAGUUCCUUGCUUGCUAAGCAUCAUAAGGGAGAGCACCUCUGAGCGCAGCAAAGAAAAUUGUGUUGCUAUUUUGCAUAGUAUCUGUUUUAAUGAUCAGAGUAAACUGAGGGAGAUUGGGAUGGAGGAAAAUGCCAAUCAUACGCUUUCUAGGCUUGCACAAGAUGGGACUUCAAGGGCCAAGAGGAAGGCCAGUGCCAUUCUUGAGAGGUUGAAUAGAGUUGCUUUAAUUGCACAUACAGCUUGAUGAAAUAAACCCCUUAAUUCAGAAAAAAUCCCAACAUUCCAUCCUGUAAAUACUCUUGUUCCCCAAUAUACACAUUUAUUUGAGCUGAUUUCUGUAAUAAGUUAAAACAUAUUUGUACACCGUUCCUAUACUCAAGGCAAGUUUUGGUCAA